ACCAUAUCCUUCUGUCACUCUGUUAGUUAUAACUGGUUGUAACCUAACAAAGUUAUAUUUAUUAAUUUUAGUUACGAUUUAAUUUUAAAUAAAUAAAACAGUUUAUUAUUGCAAUAAAAUGACAGUUUCGAAAACAUCUAAUAAACGUAACAAAUGGGCGUUAGAAUUUUUCCAACGAAAUAAGGAUCGAAGUUCGUUCAAUGAAUUAAGUUCACCACCAGGCUAUAGUACAGCUGCAAGUUUAGCGCAUAGUGAAGUAUCAAAAGACUCGGAUCCAAAUCAUUUAAUCAUAAAAAAAUCAUGGGAUCUUGCAUUAGGACCACUGAAGCAAGUUCCAAUGAACUUAUUCAUUAUGUACAUGGCUGGAAAUUCAAUUUCUAUCUUUCCAAUGAUGAUGGUUGGUAUGUUAUUUGUGCGCCCGUUGAAAGCUCUUUUUACCACUCAGGCAACAUUUAAAAUGGUCGAAGUUGGAAGCGCUGCUGGUCAAAAAUUAGUGUAUAUAUUGGGGAACAUUGUAAAUAUUGGUUUAGCGUUGUAUAAAUGUCAGAGUAUGGGAUUAUUGCCUACACAUGCUAGUGAUUGGCUUGCAUUUAUUGAGCCACAAACAAGAAUGGAAUAUUCUGGAGGUGGAUUUACAUUAUUAUAAGUGUUUUUUUUUUACAUAAAUCAAUUGUUU